UAUAGCUUGUAGGCCUGAAAACAUGUCGACGAAAAUUGGACUAGAGGCCAAGCCGUGGAGCAGUGGUGGAGCGACUGAAACUACACCCCUCGUAGCAAAAAAUGAUAAAAUCGGAGGUGUUGACGAGGGCAAUAGCAGUGGCAAGUCUGAGAAUGGAGGGCUGUCGAUGGCGCAGACAGCCUUCCUCAUAGCUGGCGAGAUGGCUGGAAGCGGGGUGCUGGCGCUCCCAAGGGCUCUUGUCAAAACUGGUUGGGUGGGAGUCCCCAUCAUUAUUUUGAUGGGUGCUGUCGCAGCGUUCAGCGGUAAGCGACUCGGUGACUGCUGGUCCAUCAUCGAGGACCGGGACCCUGAGAUGAGGAGUAGAAAGAGGAACCCUUACGCCAUAAUCGCUGACCAGGCGCUGGGCAAGAAAUGGAGCGUGGCGGUGUCCAUGGCGGUAACGGUGACUCUGUUUGGAGGCUCGGUAGUAUACCUUCUCCUAGCAGCUCAGAUCGUAGAACAAGUGUUCCUGUCCUUAGUGCCUACUGUGACCUUCUGCGCGUGGUACCUCAUUGUAGCCGGAGCUAUGACUCCGCUCAUGCUGUUUGGAACUCCUAAGGAUAUCUCCCUAACCGGCGUAAUUGCUUUCGGCGCGACUUUAUUGGCCUGCAUCCUCUACUUCAUUCAGAUGAUGAAUGACGUCCGUCCGUUCGUUUAUCGCUACGGCAUCCACGGCUUCCAGGACUUUUUCUUAGCUUUCGGUACCAUCAUGUUCGCGUUCGGGGGCGCCUCCACCUUCCCCACCAUCCAGAACGACAUGGCUGAUAAGAGCAAAUUCAGUAACAGCCUCCAAUACAGCUUUGCUGCAAUUCUGUGUCUGUACCUUCCAAUUGCCAUCUCCGGGUAUGCGGUGUAUGGGGAGUCAGUGGCCCCCAACGUGAGUGCCUCCCUCUCUACCACCCCCCUCACCCUCGUGGGUAACAUCCUCAUGGCGCUGCAUCUAAUGGCCGCCUUCAUCAUCAUCAUCAACCCCGUCUGCCAGGAGAUGGAGGAACUAUACAACGUGCCUAGAGAGUCAACAGGCCGGCGCAUGCUGGUUCGCCUGUCUAUCAUGGCGGGAAUCCUGUUCAUUGGCGAGAGCAUCCCUCGUUUCUACACCAUUCUGGCCUUGAUUGGAGGCACUAGCGUGGCCUUGCUGACGUUUAUUUUGCCUUCACUGUGCUACUUACGGCUGAUAGACCAACCCGCCAGGGAGGGACGGUCUCCUGCAGAGUCCCCUGGCUGGAUGAAGAUGGUAUGCUGGGAAGUGAUCGCGCUGGGCGUGAUUGGCGGCAUAGCAGCGACGUACAGCGCAAUCAGUGCUAUCUUCAGCACUGCGCAGGCGAGGCCCUGCUAUCUGCGAUAGACACUAGGCUGAUACUUAACGGAAGCACUAUACUAUCGGCCAUGAUCGCUGCAAACCACGUAACAUUGGUUUUUCAUAGAAAUCAGACAGAUGUCGAAGCCAAUUAUCGUAUAUUCAAUUUUUUUGUAUAUCUAUAGCUUUUUUAUCGCAAGGAAAAUCAGCAAUUCCAUUUGGACUCAAAAACUCGAAUCGCAUUUAUGUCUACCGAGAAUAAUAGACACACGGGUUGAUAGAUUUAUAAGUUAAAUAAAAACGUAUAUAUAGUCAACCGCAUGUUAUAUCUGCAAACUAAGUAUGCUGGGGCAAGUAAGUAAAAUCACUUUAUACGACACCUGCUCAUAAUUACGCCUUAUUGUCACUCUCGCUGAUACGCAUUAAUGGCCAAUUUGCAAUUAAUUCUGGCCAGUUGAUGUGCUGUCGACUGAACCUAUUUCUUUUUUCUUACGUUUUUUUUAUCUAUUGUAAUAACUAUAGUUUAAGGUGCCAUAAGCAAUGAAUUUAUUAGGGUACAAAUUAAGUUUAUCGUUGGUUAACAAUGUUAAGAUAUUAAGAAUUAUCUUAACUCGUAUAACUUUGUAUUGUUUUUAAACUUUAUAAUUAUAGACUUUUUAUUA